AUGGUUAAUAUUCUUAAAUCAGAUGAUUCUAUUCAUCAGUCAUGGAAAGAAUGUAAUAAUUCAAGUAGGUUUAUAUCCAAGCUUUUGAAAGCUGGUAUCACAUUGCCAAUAAAAGACAGCAAUACUGGACACGGUUCAAAAUUUGUUGAAGUAUAUGGAAAAUGGUUUUGUGAAGAAUAUCUUGAAGAUUAUAAAUUUUAUAAAUUGGCAGUAAGUAUUUUGAAAAAUAUUUUUCUUUAUAUUGAUACUGCAAGUGGAUGUACAGACAUUAAAGUUGAAGAUGCAAUUAAUAAUGCGUUAAUGAUAUUGUAUGAUCAACCGCGUUUUGCCAAGGCGUAUUGA